UGCGCGGCAGCGCAGCAGCGGCUCACUCAGCCCUGCACCUGCAGGAGGGACAGCUCCGCUCUCUGCACCAUGAGGGACGGAGGUGACACACCAGCAGAGAAACGCUGAAGUUAUGGCUCCGAUUAAGUGAUCAGACAUUACUCUGGUCAGCAGCCUCUCUGAGUCUCGCUGAGACAUGGUUCUACCUGAGAAAACCUCCGGAGCGUCUGCUCCCAAAGAGACCGCCGAGCAGCGUGCCCUGCGACACCAAAGCCUGCCUUCCCCCGCCCUGUGCUGUGCCUGCGGGCUGUGCAUCAUGCUUGCUGGCAUUAACAUCACCCUGGUGGGAGCUUUUGCCUUUGGCACCUUGAUCCCCACGGGCAACCCUCCCAUCGUCAUCGGGCCUCUUCUCCUGUUAGUAGCGUUGUCUUUCUUCAUGGCGUGCUGUGUGGUCAGCAGGAGACACCCAGACAACAUGGCCAACAAGGCCAAUGGAGGUGAGAAGUGGGGGCUGAUGCGGAUGGGGACGGCGGCUUUCGAGAUGGAGACAAGCGAGCAUACGCUUCAGGACACGACGGCGGUUCAGCUCAGCCCCACCAACUCCCCAAGCACUUCUCGCAAGUCUAGCUCCAGUCGAGUGGACGCCACCAUCGCUGCGCCUUGUCAGAAUGGACUGCAUGAAUCACAGAUGUCUGAAAUGAGCAUCCCUGAUGAUAAACCCUGUCUGACCUCUGACCAGACACUGUCUGACCAGAGCACACUCACUUCAUAG